GUCGAUUUCGCAGGAACUAGCAGUACUUGAGAACCUGUAUACAUCAUGAAGAGACCUCCCGGGGCCUCCUCUGGCCGUCGAAUCGAGGCCUUUCUCGACAACUUCUUCUUCUGCCCCUCUUGUACAAGCUGGCGAAGGACCAGGCCUCUGCGGUGGACAGCUCCCACUACGUCCAGCAGCAGAACCAGAAACAGCAAUCGUCGGCAUGCCUCAACCUCCUCCGGCACUCUGACCUCCACCACCGCCGUGAAUGCGCAGAAGCCCGUCCCUGUGCGGUAUAGACCUCUUUAUGAGUCCCUUCUCAACGUACGAAAAAAGGCGUCCGCGCAGGUAAACCUCAGUCGACUACAACUUGCCCUUCAAGGGCUCGAGUCCGAAUCUCCGGUGACUAGGGUUGCUGUUUUGGGAUUGAAUGUACAAGAUACAGCAAGCAAGGUAGUCAGGCUACUGCUUGCGGACGCUUUGGAAGACGAAGGAAGCUGGGAGGAGGAGUUGGUCAAAAAUGCUAGCAACGGAGACUUCAGUCGAGGCGUCUUGAUACGUUAUGGACGGGCACCGAACUCAAAUCUCCCUCAGCCGAAGACAAGCAUCCCAGUACUGCACGUUCCGUCGAACGUACUCGAGAGGAACAAUAUCGAGAUACUGAUAUCGAGCAUCAGGGGGCCCCGAAAUGGCGAGCUAUUGCAAGGCGCGCAAACAGUGACCUCAGAUGCGUUCCUGUCACCUUCGAUCGGGACCCCCACCGCCGCGACUGGAAGACAGACGACGAUCAGCCAACCCGUGCAUAGCUGUUUGCUGGUCACGAAAGGACUCGACGGGCUCAUGCUGGCUGCAGAAUUGUUGGCAUCUACCAAUUUCACAGCACUGGAAGACCGGGAAUCUGUGAGCUUGGUAGUGGACCUGAAAGACUUCAAGGAGAAAGGCCACGGACAGGUCAUGGUUGUGGAUGCUACAAAAGCGGAGGACGGACUGGCAGCAAUUCGAAGAUCUGUAGCUGAAGCAACCGAAUACGAACACAAAUGGGUCGACUCAGGCAUGCCCAUAUUGUCAGGCUGGCUCACACUGGCCUCUGCUGCAAGAUCUGAAGGACCUAUCCCGGCACCUGUGAAGGCAUUGAUUUCCUCUUUACUGACAACUGCAAUGAGCAACUUGCAAGUUGAAGCUUCAUUGGAAGCUCGAUCGAAUGCAGCUCGAAGUUUGAGCCUGGCGACACGAGCCAACCUCGAGGAAGCCAUCGAAGGAUUCUCUCGUAAUGCCCACCAAGAGCUCCAGUCUGGGCUCGCCUCAGCUUGGAGCUCCCACAACUGGCGCAAGUUGGCUUGGUACAAGCUGUUCUGGCGCGUGGAUGACGUGGGUUUGAUCAUUACGGACCUUAUCACUAACGCAUGGCUUCCCCGUACUGAGCGCGCGGUUUAUGAACUGUCGGGUCGGCUGUCUCAGGCGGGCAUUUCGCCAAUGGAUGCCUUGCCUUCACUGCCAGAGGGAGAAAACCUCAUAAUGUCGCGAGCAAAACUAGACCGUCUGACAGAGCCCACGCCAGUGCUACAGGCGCAAGCCAGCAUUGCGACCGAACCUCCUGUGCGGGCAGUCCUGAUCAACCCCACGGGAACCGCUGAGGUGGAGAUGGUCCCUAUUCCUCAACCCAUGCCUUUGUCUUCAUCGAUAUCCAGUACUCGUUCUGAGCAAAUGCAACGUGCGAUUGCGGAUCUCACCAGCACGGCUCAGCAGAUUGUGCUCAAAACCCUUUCGAUUACAGGUCUAUCCGGCGGACUCUCGGCUCUGACCUACCUUUCCAUCACACCAGGUAGCAUGUAUGAGGCUGGCACCAUAGCAGCGCUGGGUACAGCCUAUGCCUUGUGGCGGAUGCAGGGAGACUGGUUUAAGGCCACAAAGGCAUUGGAACACAGCUUGUAUGACGAAGGCAGAACUGUCAUUCAGAGAAUUGUGGGCAGGAUGGAGGAGCUGGUUGACAAUGCUAGUCGAGUUGUGGAGGAUGAGGUCGAACUGCAGAGUCGACGUCAAGCCGAGGAUGCUGUAGCGAGAGCCAGGGAGGAACUGGAUCGACUUCAGAAGUGAUCGGUUGGAUUCCAAUCGGUGAUAGUAUCUUCCCAAAAGUUGGAAAUCAAUCGCAAGUUCGUUCACCCCAAAGUCAAGUUAUCUC